UGGACUCCUAGUCCCACCUAUCUAGAUUCCUAUUGGCCAGCAGUGCUUUAUUGACAGAUGCACAGGACUUUCCCCGAACAGCUGUCACAACAAGAGCAUUGAAACUGCUCUUAUUUAUUGUGCUUAUUAUAUUAUUAUAUAUGCUCUUCAUCUUCCUGAAAAUAACUUAGUCUUUCCUAGGGACAAUCAGGGUCCUAUCUUUUCAUAGAAUAUACAUUUCUCUCAGAAUUCUGGAUUUUAUAUUUUUCACCAUUUCAAACCUCAGAACUCAUGUAUGUGAUGUUAGUGAUGAUAAAUGACAGUGUAUGAUGUGUGUGUGUACUCUGGUGUUUCACAUUUCUCUGGUAAAAUCUCAAAAUAUUAGGAGUAGACACCAGGAAAUUCUCUAUGGACAGCUCACGGAGUUGCAGUUAUAGCCAAGGCUUCAGGAUCCCUGAGUAAUUCAACUGACUUUGGUGAUGUGAGGCUUCCAGGCAUGAUGGCAGUGCCUGUCAAUGUGCACGUCACAUGAAGAAGGAGAUGAAGCCUUGUAAUUGGGUAACACCUCCAGUUGUUAGGCAACCAGGACCCAAGGCUAGGGUGUGGAUGCUGAGACUUUUGGGGUGAAUAGUCCCACCUCUACUAGCCUAACUAUGAUAAUACUUCACGGCAUUGGCAAACACUAACUGAACUAAUCACUUACAGCUGUACCAAUAGCAUUACUUCCUUUGAGGGUCCAGAUACUGUCAAUUUGAUAUUUAUCAUCCAGAUUUUAUUGCAAAAGUGGUAGGGAAUUUGUCUUAGGAAAGCAAAUUUACCGCAUAAAUGUUUAAAAUCAAUCUCUUUAUUAAACAAACUAUUCAUGGCACAAACAUUUAUGUAAAAGGCCAAGAAAAUAGCUUGAAAUUAUUACAUCUAUGGUACUUGUUCCAUCACUGCUUAGAUGACAAAGCAAGCCAUAAGUACUCACUAAAUUGUAAAUGACCUACCCAAAGAAGAUAGAGCCCUAUACAUGAAUGGAGGGUCUAUAUCCUCAAAACAUAGGUGACCAAAUUGUUACCAUCAGUUCGAGAAUGAUCAUUGAUUUGUCUAAGGGAACCACUGGAUAUGAAAGAUUCUUGUCUUAACCAUAAUUGUACAGACCGAUUUUCAAUGUAACACUUUCAAAGAGAGCAGAAUGUUUAAAUAGGGCCUCUGUGUGUGCAGCCCUCUGGUGGUAAAUUAGGCCUCUGUGUGGUUAUGUAUGCUGCCCUCUGGUGGUCUGGUCUUAAUGCUAUCUAUUGUAGAGAGGGAGCAGUGACCAGCUUGGGAAACCCACAGAAACAACUGACCUGUGCAAGUGGGAGCUCACAGAUUCCAGACGACAAUGGGGAGCCUGCAUUAAGACUGAACUAGUCCUGGGAAUCCAGCAUGGGACUGAUCAAGACCCCCUGAAUGUGGGUGUCAGUGAGGAGACCUAGCUGUGGCCCCAGAAUACUCCAGCAUGUUACUUACAUGAGCACUGAUUUAUGUGACUGCAUAUGAGAACAAAGGACAUCAUCAUGGGGGAAAUUCUGUUGGCAGGAGAUGAUAGGGCUGAUCAAGCUGGUUACUCAGGUUACUCAGAAAUAGAGUAUCCCUUAGUACACCUGGCUAUUCUAGAAAUAGCACUGUAGACCAGGCCUUGAGCUCAGAAGUCUGCCCGCCUUUGCCUCUGCCUCCCAAGUGCUAAGAUUAAAGAUCAUGUGAACUUGUUCUCCACUCAGCACAGCCCUUGUGAGAAACGAAUCAUUUUAUGAAGUUCAGUGCUGAUCCCCUCAGAAAGGAGAUAUCACGGUGUCAGGGGACAGAGGUCCUUGGACACGUGGGACAAAAGUGCUUGUAAAUGAACAUGCCUGUCCAAGUUAGGUAGGAGGAUUUACGUUUUGCUGAACUUGGUCAUUUUGCCCAGUGUGAGCAUGAAGGCCAACUGAAUAGCGGUAGGACCUCAACCAAACAUCUAAGAACUUUCUGGUUCUCAGAAAUUUUUUAGUGUUUCUGUAUUUAUUGUUGCUAACACCAAUUUUACAAAUUUGAACUCUGUUUUACCUAAGAUAGGAAUGGCUUUUCCAAACAUCCUUAUGUACUUGAAUUUACAUGAAACCAAGUGUGAAUUACUUUGGCCUUCAGUCAAAUUAGACAGCUGUUGCUUUCCACGACAUAUGAACAUCGCUAUGACAAAUAUAGGGGUAUGGCUGGUGAUGCGAGUUACAGCGUGUGAAGGAGUAUCUCAGGUCAGACCCAGAUUCCUCCUGAGUUUGUGUCUGAAGUCGUGGCAUUUCAGCAUUAUGGACUUACCCUCCACCGCUGAGAGGAAAGCAAGCCACACAGAAACUGCCUGUAUUGUUUCUGUAGUCAUUUGUUUACUCUGAACAUCACAAGGAGAAGAGAUUUUCAAUGCAUGGCCUUAAGCUUUUUGUGUGAUAUCUUGCUUGUAAUUCUUUGGGUGACCACUAUCACCCCAGCUGGGGUAACCACACAGGAAUAUGUAUACACACAAAUGCGCAAUGUAUGUUUAGGUAAACAUAAGCUAACUUGAUUCCUUGAGGGUUAAUCAGACUUUCUAUUUGUCUCUCAGCCCUUCCUCUGCUUCUGUAGUGACUGUGGAAUCAGAGCCUCCCUCUCCAUGCAUCCCACUUUCUCCUUCAGAUCACCUGCUUCCUGGUGGUCCUCUUCACAGUCCCUGCCCCCAUGGUCCCUUUUUACUUCUGCUCUUUUUGCAGUUACUCCAUGUUGUAUAUUCAUUUUUGAGAUUUUUGAGCUAAGAACUGCAGACGAGAGAGAACAUGUGCUGUUUGUCUUUCGAUGUCUCUGUUAACUCUUACUAUAUAUUUUUUGGAUUUCCAUACAUGUAACUGCAAAGAUCAUGACUCUGUUGUUCUAUACAACUGAACAGUAUUUUUUCGUGUGCAUGUACUGCAAUUUUAUUGUCCAUUCAUCUGUUGAGGGAUAUUCCGGUUGCUCUAUUUUCCAAAUGCUGUGAACAGAGCAACAGUGAACACGGCUCAGCAGGUGUCUGCGGAGUAGAGUUGAAGUUCUUUGUGCAUAUGCCGAGGAGUUGGCCAGCUGGGCCAUAUGGCAGAUUUCUCUAAGUGAGGACUCUCCAGACUGAUUGCCCGGGUGGCUUCUUAAGUUUUUAUUCCCGCUACCAAUGAGUUUCCUGGUUUCCCACACUUUUGUGUGUGAUGGCCUUUGUUUUGUUGACCUUAGCCAUUCUGAGUGGGGUGAGAUGAAAUCACAAACUUGUUUUUGAUUGGCACUUCAAGAACUGAUAAGGAAGAUGAGCACUUGUUGAGAUAUUUCCUAGUCAAAACUAUCUUAUUUGAGUCUUUCUUGAAGGUUGAAUCACAGUGACUUUCAUGAACAUAUAUUUAUGAAAACAUAUAAACAAAUAUCAACAUAUACAUAUAUGAACUUAUAUACAAACAUACAUGUAUCUCAGCAAAUCCAAGUGAAUAAGACAGAGAAUGAAAACAAUGAUUUAGUUACGUUUAGAAAACUGAGUCUAUGGCACUCUUCACAUUUCUCAUAAACUUUAUCCUCCUGACCCCUGAUUAUGCUACUGACCUCUUGACUAUCCAAUUGACCUCUAUCCUGUGGCCUCUGACUAUCCUGUUGAACUCUGGCUAUCAUGGUGACCUAUGACUAUCCUAAUGACCUCUGGCUAUCUUAUUGACCUGUGGCUAUCCUAUUGACCUCUGACAAUCUUGGUGAUCUCUGGCUAUCCUGGUGACCUCUGACUAUCCUAUUGCCCUCUUUCCUGUUGACCUCUGAAUAUCCUGUUGACUUCUGGCUAUCUAUCGUAGUGACCUCUGACUAUCCUGCUGACUUUUGUUCCGUUAGUGUUUGCCCUGUCACAGGAGAAGCCUCUUUACUGAGAUGGAAAUUCUAAAUGGGAAAGUCACAGAUGCAAAAAUCAAGAAUCAACCCCUGAUGUUCCAUGGAGCAGUGGAACUCAGAAGAGGCAGUGUCAGUAAGAAGUGUCACCUCUACCUGUACAGAGAUUUCUUGGUUGUGACAAAUAGUCGGUAUAAGAUAACCUUUAAGAUAAAAUAUGUCAUCCCUCUGACAUCCCUCUGGAUUGGGGACUGUGUGGACACAGACUUUGUAGGCCCCAGUCAGGCCAGGAAAUCCAUUUUCCUAGGCUGGCCCAUGGAGAACUUCAUCGCCACUUUCCGGUCUGUGGACCAAAAAAGAGAUUGGUGGUGUUUCCUUGAAAGAUCUAUUAAACAGACAAAGGAGAAGUACCAUGGGAGGAGUACUGCACUGGAGAUAUUCACAGAUGACAUCCCGAGCUCGAAAACUUCUUUCACUAUAACAGCAACACAUUUGGACACAGUGAAUGAUAUAAUCAUGAAGUUACGACCAUUGUUGGGAAUACUCAAUGCUGAGGAGGAUUACCAGCUGUGGUUCUCUUCUAGCAAUGAAGAAGCGCCAUGCCCACUCCUCGGACAUGAGAAUCCAUAUGCUAUCAAAAUGAGUGAACUUCGAAAUGAUGCAUUUAUGGCCCUGGGUCCGAGCAACUACACCGCUUAUCUCAACAUCCAAAAGGUGAUCCAGGAUAUGCAGGCCCCUCAUGUGCCAGGAAAACUCAUUCUAAAGCCCAAGGAGUCACCCCGAGACCAUCAGCAGAGCAAUGCAGAGACAACAGUUAGGAGACGCUCCCUCCUAAGUCGGAUAUUUCGCCGUGGAGCAUCCACCUGCCAUGACUGUGCGUGUUCCCGUGCUCCAGCCCCAAGUCCUGGUCGCCUCUUUAAUAACCCUCUAGGGGCUAUUUGUCAAGAUGGCAAUCUGCCAACUUCAAUUCUGACUAUGCUGUCUCUUCUGGAGGAAACUGGACCUGCCAUUGAAGGCAUUUUUAGAAAAUCAGGAAGUAUUGCAGAAUGCCAAGACGUUAAGGACAAGCUGGAUUUGGGAGAAGAAGUAAAUCUGAGGGAGGAAUCCAUCGUUGUCGUGUCUUCAGUUUUAAAGGAUUUUCUUCGAAACAUCCCCGGAGGAGUAUUCUCAUCUAGCCUCUAUGAUAAAUGGAUGUCAGUCACUGAUCUAGACAUUGAGAAGGAAAGAAUAGCUUCCAUCCAGAGUCUUUUAGAGCAACUGCCAACACCAAACGUGGUCCUCUUGAGACAGCUAUUCCAUGUCUUACACAGCAUUGAGAGACAUUCAUCAACUAACUAUAUGACAUCUUAUAACUUAUCUGUGUGUAUGGCACCCAGUCUUCUGUGUCUGCCUAACACCAGCAUGUUGGAAUUAGGAAAAGAAAUCUCAAAACAGAUUUCUCUUGUACAGUUCUUUAUUGAAAAUUUUGAAAAGAUAUUUGAAGGCAACACGAAUAUACAUUUAGGACAAGGCUCAGUGAUGCCUAGUAAUGGCAAGGAGUCUUUGGAUACAUUCAUCGGUUUACGUGAAAUGGAUGCUGUCCAGGAUGAUGAGAAAACCUGUGCUAGUGAAACGAGGCAUUCCAGUGGUGACACAGAGCCGCGGCAUCCACCUGCCGCUCCUCAUGAGGGUGAAUGCUCAGUUGAGUGGUCAUCUAACUCUGACAAUGAAAAUCAGGGUUAGAGGAUAUGCACACACUCAGUAACAGCUGUUUCCCUGACAACAGCAUCAAAACACACUAUGCCAUCACAGAAUUUGACAACUUUCUCAAUAAAACUGUACGUGGAAGCUCAUCCUUGCACUCAGUCAAUGUGCCCUAUUGUAACUAUGUGAGGUGCCCGGUAGAGACACGUUUGUAUUUAUCUUCUCUCUUCCCAGAGGUCCCAGAGAACACCCAGAUGACUAGUGCUCUUUAAAACUAUUUGAAAGAGUCAAGAUGUUUGAGAAAAACUAUUACUCUAUUUAACAUCAAAGAAACAUUGUAUAAAACAAAGUCUUGUGGUUCACCUUCUAACCUGUGUUGUUAAGUGUCCAAAUAAAUUCUGUAAGUCUUACUGA